CACGCUCUGUGCCUUUCUCUCAUUCAGGAGCGAAGGCAGCAUCCAGCUCUGAGACGGGGCUGUCACUCACCCUGCGAGAGGGGCUCUCCCGUGCUCAGGGAGGGCUCCCAAAGCCACUCCUGCUGAUGAAACACUCUCCAGCAGCCCAGAUCCUCACCUGACUUCCUCUCUUCUCCGAGGACAGUUGCAGAAAAGUGCUUUCUACUCCUUUGCCACAGGUUGACUUCCAGAGAGUGGAGAGGACCAAGUGCUCCAUCCUGGGCAGCGAUGAGACAGUGACUGGAGACCUCCUUCUCCUCCUUAUGGAAAGUCUCAGGCCAGGCAUGGGACCAUUGGAGGGAGCCAACAGCACAUUCACCGUGGAGAAGACAGCAUUAGGUGAGGAGCUGCCACAUGGCUGGCAUGCCAAGGACUUUGUCACUCCUACCCAGGAUCUCUCUGGGUCCCGCAGUGUCAUGAUGGACAGCACCAAGAUCCUGGGGGUCCAGGUCAUCCUGAUUGCUGCCUACUCCCUCAUCAUUCUGCUGGGGUUCAUCGGAAACUCCCUGGUCAUCUACAUCAUAGUGAAGUACAAAACCAUGAGGACUGUCACCAACUUCUUCAUAGCUAACCUGGCCCUGGCAGACCUGAUGGUGGACACACUCUGUCUGCCUUUCACCCUAGUGUACACCCUGCUGGACGAGUGGAAGUUUGGAGCUGUCCUUUGUCACCUGGUUCCUUAUGCUCAAGCUCUGAGUGUCCAUGUGUCCACUCUCACCCUGACUGUGAUUGCCCUGGACAGGUACCGCUGUAUAGUUUUCCACCUGGACAGCAGGAUUUCCAAGAGGCUCAGCUUCACCAUCAUAGCUGUCAUGUGGCUGGCAGCAGCUGUCCUGGCAGGACCUCUGGCCAUCUUCAGGGAGUACCGGUAUGAGGAAAUCCCAUCCAUUAACCUCAAAAUGGCUGUUUGCUCAGAAAAAUGGCCCUCUGGUAACAACAGAGAUGCCACCAUCUACAGUCUGUCCAUGCUCCUCCUGCAGUAUGUUCUUCCUCUUGCAAUUAUUUGUUAUGCCUACACCAGGAUCUGGUUCAAGCUGAAAAACCAUGUCAGUCCCACUUCUAGGAAUGAAAAUCAGUGCCGGAGGAGGAAAACAACCAAAAUGCUCGUGAUGGUAGUUGUGGUGUUUGCAGUUUGUUGGCUCCCCUUCCACAUAUUUCAGCUUGCCAUUGAUCUGGAUCUGGUUCUUAUCUUCCACGAGUACAAACUCCUGUACACUGUAUUCCAUGUGGGGGCCAUGUGCUCUACAUUUGUCAACCCCCUGCUCUAUGGAUGGAUGAACAAGAACUACAGGAAUGGCUUCCUCAUGUUCUUCCGUUGCCAGAACAAGCCUGAAAGCAUCCACACAGAAGGCUCAGUUAGAGGGAGGUCUUACAUCUUCAGGGCCAACACCCUAAAUGGGAGCAUCAAACAGACUCCUGGCAAUGGAGCACUGCCCACAGAGGUUUAGGGAUGGGACAUCCACCUCCAGCAUUGAGGCUGGCUGCACCCAGAGACAUUCCUGGGUGAAUGCCUUUAUUUGACAGAACACUGUGCUGCCAGUUAUAGCUACAGCAGCCAUGUAGAAAUAUUAAAUACCCCCUGUAUCUCUCGAAACAAUAAAUCUGGUGUAUUUUUGUCUGAGCAAAGAAAUUAAUUUUUCCUUUCACUGCGUUCAAGUUAUGCAUGGAGACACAUGAAAAAAUAACACACAGAGAAGGCUUUCAUUUAGCCAGAAAAAUACACCCUUCUUGCUAUUUCCAUUUGCCAAAGUGGGUUGCUCAACCUUUUACCCCCUGACACAUUACACAUUACAAAUGUGCAGCUGAUGCCGUGUGUGACUGUUCAUCUGUAUGUCUCC